AUGCAAAUCCCAAUCAUCCUUACAUUCAUUUCUACCCUUCUUCUCUCGGUUAUUGGUUGGGCUGACAAGGGAAAACCUGUUGUGGCGGGAUACUAUCCGUCAUACCACGCGCAUCGCCAGCCGCCUUCCGAAAUACCAUGGUCUCAUUACACUCACAUAGACUACUUUGUUGUUCCAGUCAAAGAUGCCACCAAUCAGCUCCCAAUAGAAAAUGAACAGAAUCUGCGCGAGACAGUGAAGCUAGCAAGGGCUAAUAACGUCUCAAUUUCCGUUACCCUAGGUGGCUGGUCGGGCAGUGGAGCUUUCAGCACCUUAGUCAGCUCUAGUGAUUCCCGCGACCAAUUUGCGGCCUCGAUCGUCUCACUUGUGAAGAAUUUCGAGUUCGAUGGAGUAGAAAUCGAUUGGGAGUUCCCCGGAGUGAAUGCUGCAGAAGGUAAUGCUUUUUCGCCCGCCGAUACUUCAAACUUUUUGAAACUCCUCACCACCCUUCGUCAGCUGUUAGGAGCAGAAUAUCGCCUGUCCGCCGCUGUAUCAAUACUCGGCUUGGUAGGCCCCGACGGUCAAUACCUGACGGACACACGAGGCUUCUCUGAGGUUUUGGAUUAUAUCACCAUCAUGGCUUACGAUGUGUACGGAAGCGGAACAGGAAAUGUCAUAGCAGGCCCUAAUGCGCCACUCUAUCACACUUGUUCUGAUUCGAAUCAUCAGUACUCUGUCUCAAGUGGAGUAGAAUCGUGGAUAAAAUCGGGCUUCAACUCUCGUAAGAUUCUCCUCGGAAUCCCCUCCUAUGGUUAUGGAUAUACCUUGAUCGACGAUUCUCUCAAGCCCACGCAAUUAGGCACCACGAAUGUAACUAGCUUACUGUAUCAACAGGCCUUACCAGGCGGUCAAGGUGGAAAAUUGGCUGCCGGUGGGGGUCAUUGGCUAUUUCGCGAACUUCAUAGCGAGCAAAAGCUAAGUAAAGAUCUCAGUCAAGGUAUUUCGGGCUACCAGCGCCACUACGAUAACUGCACACAUACUCCCUUUCUGUACCAUCCAGAAACAAAGCACUUGAUCACCUAUGAAGAUCCAGGCUCGAUACUUGAAAAGAGUAGGUUUGCAAAAGAGCACGAUCUAGGCGGAAUAAAUGUCUUUGACACCACCGGAGACACUCCAGAGCCAAGAUUGCUCCCAGCUGUACAUAUCAACUACCCAACUCAUCACCGUAUCAGUGGUUGA